AUGCCAUCACUUCGUGUGGGGAGUCGCCUAAGGACUUACAAGCCAGGGCUCGAUCGAGUUGAAGCUUGGCCGGUCGAGUUGAGGAACUCGACCGGUUGGUCGAGUGGACGGUCGAGCUGGUCUUCAAGAUGGCUUCUCCCUUCUUCCUUUGCGUGUCCAGUUGAGCUGCUUCCAUGUGCCAAGUCCCUCCAUGCUCCUUAUGUCCCAUAUGCUCCAGAAUGCUCCAAAAGACCUAUUUCAAAGGACCAAACAUGCAUAUUCACCAAACACAAGUUUCGUCGUUCGGAAAGUCUGUACAUGAUCAACCUCAGCACCAAGGUCAAAAAUGUCGAGCAACCCCUGAAGAAGCGCCUCAACGCCAAAAAAGGAAAGUGGUCAAACGAGCUCGACGGAGUACUCUGGUCAUACCAAAAAACACCUAGAAGCACGACCAGCCGAACUCCGUUCUCGCUUUUACACGGCAUGGAGGCAAUGUCACCAGCUGAGGUCGGGUUGGAUGCACUCCGUUGGAAAGUCUUGCCACGAUUUGCCGAGCUGAAUAACAAUAUGAUCCUGGACCACCUAGACUACCUCGAAGACGAACACAGUAAGGCACUCCUCCGCAUUCAAAACUAUCAACAGGCCGCCGCUCGAUUCUACAACAGGCCAUCUCAUCUUUAUUCACCCCUAUUUGCAUUCCACCUCAUAUCAUUUACAUCAUUUCACACCACCAACAAAUCCUAUCAUCAAUUUGGCGCCGUUGCCAUUUGGGUGCAUGCAAACUCGAUCGAGUCGAACAACAGAAGACUUGGUCGAACUAGAUUUCAUCACGGGCAGAAAGAGAAGUCAGAGAACUCAGAGAGUACAAGCAGAACUUGA